AUGGCACUGACCACGGUUCCCUCUUUUUCUUCUUCUUGCUCCUCUUCGACAGACUUUGAGUUUUCCUCUCCGUUCGAUUUCGACUUCUUCCCCUCCACAUCCACCAGUACAUCUGGCCUCGAUUCCCACACCACAUUGCCAACUCAACACCCUCACCUGGCCUCAGGUUCCCACCACGGCGAAUCUUCUUCGGCCGCUAGUAUGCUCGGCGUAUCGGGACUAUCGUCGCAUUCGAACGCACCCUUCAACUCGAACCCCUUCUCACCACAAUAUCUAGCCUCUCCACCGUCACACUUUUCGAGCUUCACUUCCCCAUCUUCGAGCGCAGCACCUUCGACCUCAUCGAACGCGCUCUUUACCACUCCUUCAUCCUCCUCAACCGUGCCCGCUCAUCGACCCUUCCUCCCCUCCCCUCCACCUCCACAAGACCCUUCUACCUCCCUAAGCGCCGCUCACCCCUCAACUUCGCUGAACCCGUCCCCGCUCUUCGACGACUUCGAAUCGGCCCUCCUCUCCUCCUUCCUAACCACCCUCGACGUCGACCCCUUUUUCCUCUUCAACUCCGUACUACCUCCCGGAAUGCCUUCCCCGCCUCCGCGUUUCCCUUUGGAUGAAGGGGCCAAGAAGGAACGCGAUCGGUUGGGGUAUGGUUUGGGAAGCAUCAAGUUGGAGAAUCGGGAGAAACAGGGUGAAGGGACGACGAGUAGGGAUGGUGGAGUUGAUACUGGGGAUGGGGAAGGGGAAGGGGAAGGGGACGAUCAAGGGGACGAUCAAGGGGAGGAGGACGGGGAAGAGGAAGAAGAGGAGGGGACACCGACUGAUCGAGCGCGGUCGAGUGAUGUCGUGGUUGGGAGAGGAGGGAAACGAGCGAGGGGAACUGGGCAACGUCGGAGAGGGGGGUUGGCCAAGGGGAAGAAGGCGAGGAGGGUGUCCGUGAAUGAGAGUGAGGCGCAGGACGUCGAGAUGGUCGAGGCUGUUUCGAUGACGUCGUCCACGGGUAGAGGAGCAAGAGCCGUGAGGUCGACGAAGGGGAGUGGGGAGAUGGGCUCGGCCUCGAGGAGAUUGUCGAGUGUUGCGAGGAGUAAGGACGCGGGUCGAUCGAUCACACCCCUUGAAGCACCGUCAGGUGUACGACAGGACGAGCGCCAAGCCACAGAGGAAGCAACGAUGGAAGGAGCUGACGACCCACCACCACCACCGCAAGAAGUUGAAGAAGACGACGAACUCGAAGACGAAGAGGACAACAACGUUGAUGAUGACGACGACGACUCGAAAGCCAACAAAGCGCCGUUAACGGAUACGCAGAAACGUUCGAACCACAUCGCUUCGGAACAGAAACGACGGAAUGCCAUUCGAUCAGGUUUCAAAGAUCUCGUGGACCUCUUGGCAGCUGGUGAAGCCGCAUCGGGCAUCGUCGUCGCUCCUCCUGAAGUCGAAGCGGCGAACGAUGUUUCGAACGGAGGCAAGAAGAAACGAGCUUCUAAAGGGACUGGAAGGGGGAGAGGGAGGAAAGGUGAAGUUGCGGCUGGGGGUUCAAAGUCCGUGGUGUUGGAGAAGGUCGCGGCGUAUAUCCUCUGGUUGGAGAGGGGGAAUCAGGCUCUGACGGCGGAGGUCAAGAGGAUCGAGGUGAACAUGAGACAGAUGGGGAUUGAGACAGUGUAG